CCUCACUCUCUACGCCGCGUUCUCGCUCUCUCUCUCGUUCUCGCAGACUCAAUCUUCGUCUAGAUCGCUUCCUUCCUAACUAAAGCUUCUUAGAUCUUCCCUCGUGCGGUUUCGUUUGUAAAAAAGCAAUGGCGAGCAAACCUGGAACCGGUGGCAUAAGAGAGCCGCCGAAUGAGCAAGCUGUUCUAAACAUGUAUGAAGCAAUGAGAUCAGAGCUAAGCCAAGUCUACUCCAACAUAACCGAGCUCGAGAUGCAAGUGAGCGAACACUCUCUGGUCAUCAACGCCAUUCAGCCUCUCGACCAAUCAAGGAAAUGCUUUCGCAUGAUAGGAGGCGUUCUCGUGGAGAGAACCAUCAGAGAGGUACUCCCAGCUGUCCUACGCAACAAGGAAGGGCUCGAAGAGGUCGUGAAGAAGCUGUACGAGACGUUGGAGAAGAAAAAGAAAGAUCUUACAGAGUUCGAAGCCAAGUAUAAGAUCAGGCUAAGGAAACAGGAAGAUUCCAAGGAAGAGGGUAACAAAAAGGAAGGUAAUGCUCAAGGUGUUCUUGUUGGAGCUGCCAGUUCAAGCCAGUAAAACUCUUCUUAUUUUACAAGUGUUGCAUCUCUUUUUUUUUUGGUUAUUGUGAUCUUUUUUUCUGGAAAACUCUAAAAUGUUUUUGAAUGUUGCAAAAUCAGUAGACUGGAGAGAUUUUCCAUUUGAUAGAUCUAUGGAGUAUGAACUAUCAUUCUUGAAGUACU